CCAAGAUGUUAAUAGCUCGCUUCAGCUGAACCGUCGAGUAUAUACAAAAGCACGCGGUCAAUAAUUGAGAUUUUCAAGAUUCUGCAAAAAAAUAUGAAAGAAAUAUGAACGUGUCAUAAAAAAUAUUAAUACAAUAUAAUUAUUCAAGUAAAUUUUUACGGAAUAUUGAUUAACAUCUUAAAGUAAGCUUUCAAAACAAGAAUGUUACUCAGCACAGUGCAAUUAUCAAUUAGAUCGAUUUGCGGUAUAAACAUUUUGAGAUUAGUCAAUCAAAGACCAAAAAUAAAAUGCAGAUAUACUAAGUGGGCUAGUCGGACUCCUAUUUCAAUUGUCAAUGAACAUGAGCUUUUCGAUGACACUACUAAUGAUGCAGAAACAACAGAAACAAAAGUUCAUGAAAAAGUUUUUAAAACACGUAAGGAAAGGUCCAAACCACAGAUAGGAAAAGAGCAGAAAAAACCACAGAGAGGAAAAGAGCAGAAAAAAAAAGAGAAUAUAAAUAAAGCGGAAGAAACUAUUAUCACUGAACAAGGAUAUAGGUGCUUCAUAGCAGAUGAUAGGCUUAUAAACUCUUUAAUGGUAAAUGUCAAAACAAGAACCAAAAGAGAAAAGAAUAAUAAUAUGUUAUUAGAAGGCUUUCGAUUGAUUAAAGAUGGAAUUCAAGCAGGAAUAAAACCAAAAGCUAUAUUCUUCAGUAGAUUAUCUGAUAUAUUACCAUUGUCAUUAUCCAAGGAAAUAAAAUUGUAUAAAGUUCCAUAUCGUACAAUUCAGUUGUGGUCUAAUUUAACAACUUCUCCUGGAAUAUUUGGGAUCUUUGAAAUCCCAGAUGUGACUGCUAAGCAACCUGUCGAUGAUGCUAUACCUUUGACUAUUAUUUGUGAUAAUAUUAGAGAACCUGGAAAUUUAGGAACUAUUCUAAGAGCUGCUGCGGCAGUUGGUUGUGAAAAAUUGCUGUUAAUGAAAGGAUGUACAGAUUUGUGGGAUUCCAAAGUUUUGCGCACCGCUGUUGGUGCUCAUUUUCGUGUACCAAUACAUACAUCUGUUUUGUGGAAUGAUAUUCCAACAUUAAUAAGUAAUGAAUCGACGAUAUUCUUAGCAGACAACAAUAUAGCAUAUGAAAAUGAGUUAAAAGAUAAUAUGAUGAAUCUAGAAUUAAAUGGAAGUAUUUCUAUUGAAACUGAUAAUAAUAAUAUGAAACAGAAUAAUUAUGGUGCCAACAGUGAUCAAAUUCUUGAAAACGAUAAUUCAAUAGAAGAUACAAUAGACAAAUUGGUAGAUCAAACUAAAUCGCAUAAAUCAACUGCAAAAACUAGAUCAUUGGUGAAAAAGUUAAUAUCUCAACUUCCAAUUGAGCCUUAUUACACGUUAGAUUUUACAAAAAAAGAAAUAGUACUUGUUAUCGGUGGGGAAACUGAAGGUGUAAGCCUCGAAUCGUGCAAAUUACUUCACGCGAGAAAUUGCGUUCGUGUAAAUAUACCGCUAACUAACGGUGUUGAGAGUUUAAAUGUUGGUGUAGCUGCUGGUAUUGUUACAUUUGAAAUGAAAAGACAGUUUGUGACUAAGAAUAUCGAGAAUAAAUAAAAAAUUUCUUUAUAUAUCUUAUAUAUA